AUGAGUUUUGCUACAGAAAGUGAACAAAAUGACUCGAUUACUCUUGGGGGGAUGGCUACCCAGCUUGGGAUAAAUCUUGCAAUAGGUGUUGGAACUUUCAUAUUGUUUGGUUUUCUUAGGCCCAGGAAUGGAAUUGUAUAUGCUCCUAAAUAUAAAUAUUCAUCGGAAAAAAAACAACCGCCGAAACUUGGCUCAGGGUUAUUUUCAUGGGUGAUGCCUGUACUAAAGACAUCUGAAUCAACAUUAAUAGAAAAAAUUGGUCUUGAUGCUGUAAUGUUUAUACAGCGAUUGAAAAACAGAGAUUUGGCUAAAUUGGAUAGCAAUCCAUUACUUUAUUUAAGCAUAGGAUUUAUAACUGAUGUUAAUUUAUAUUGGAUUCAUUUAGCAUUUACAUGGAUUUUUUCACUAUUGAUAUUUUAUGUUUUAAAUGGUUAUUAUAAAACAUACACAAAAUUAAAAUUGGGAUAUUUUGAAUCUGAUGAAUAUCGCAAUUCACUACAUUCCAGGACAUUAUUAGUUACUCAUCUUCCAUCAUCUUUGCGAUCAGAUGAAGGAUUACGUAAUUACAUCCAUUCCAUUGACAUCAAGUAUCCUGUUUUAGAAGCACAUGUAGCAAGGAAAGUUGGUAAUUUGCCCGACUUGAUUAAAGAACAUGAAGAAGCUGUUAAAAAAUUAGAAGCUGUUUUAGCAAAAUAUUUAAAAGAUCCAAAUAGGAUUUCUAAAGAAAGACCAAUGAAUAGUGUAAGUGGAUUUUGUGGCGAAAAUGUAGAUAGUAUCGAUUAUUACACUCGUCAGAUAGAAGUAUUAGAAGAAAAAAUAAAUGAAGCUCGUUCACAAAUAGCCCAACAAAAGGCGACAAGCUAUGGUUUCAUUUCCUUUUCAAGUAUAGCUCAUGCUCAUGCUGCUGCAAAAGAUUUAAAUAGAUCAAGUAUUUUAAGAAGUCCCGGAUCACCUUCAAUAAUGCUUGCACCAUGGCCAAAAGAUAUUAUUUGGGCGAACCUUCAAACAAAUGGAACUGCUAAAUACAAUAAUAAAUUUAUCGCUGGAUUAAUAGAGGCUUGGAUGUCUCCAAUGUUAAUGGCAUUGUUUUUCCUUCUUUUGCCAAAAAUAUUAGGUCUGCUAUCUAAACAUCAAGGAAAAAUAACUAAAUCUUCACGUGAUCGUGCUGUGCUCUCAAAACUUUUUUUAUUUUUUAUCAUAAAUAAUCUGAUUAUUUUUACUCUCACUUCGACGGCAUAUGAUAUAUGGUCAACAAUAAAGCAAAAAAUUCAAGAUGGUGACACUGAUCUUCGAGAGAUAUAUAAUGUUUUCAAAGCUCAAGAUUUUACUCAAGAAUUAGCUAAAUCAUUGGUUAAAGUUUCGACAUUUUGGAUUAAUUAUAUCUCACUACGUGGUGUUGCUGCUAUAUUUGAUCUGGCACAGAUGUUUUCUUUAGUUUGGACAUUUUUGAAGAAAAUUUUUAUUACUCCAACACCAAGAAACAUCAAAGAAUUUUCUCGUCCACCAGAUUUUGAUUACCCUCAUAUUUGGUUUACCGAUAUCAACUCAUGUAAGUAUGUUUUUACUACUAAAAUAGAAACUGGAGGAACUUAUUGGAGAGUGAUUUUUAAUCGUGUGAUAGUUUCAAUGAUUAUGUGGCAAAUAGCAAUGAUUGGAGUGAUGAACUUAAAGGCUGCGAGACAGCAAUCAAUUGCUAUAAUACCACUAAUUAUCAUUACAAUACUAUUUAAGAUCUAUUGUUCCAGAAGAUACGAUUCAAAAAUUCAUUAUUAUCAACCAAAGACUAAAGAGCUUGAAUUGUCGGGGUCAUCAGAUAUGCAUAAAAGAAAAGACGAUGUUUCCAAUAGAUUUGGACAUCCUUCGCUUAGUUGCGAAUUAAUCACGCCAAUGGUAUUUUCAAAUGUUAAACAUUUGUUGAGUCAGGUUUAUCAUGGAAGGCUAGAUGAAAAAAGAGUUAGUAGACGAGGAACCAUUAAAUCUAUGGCAUUUGUAUCAACAAAUGGUAAAAAAGGUUUAAAUUUUGAAGCGGUUGAAGACAAUGAAUUGGAUAUUGAUGAAUAUACUUACUAUGAGUCUCAAAAUCCUGGAUAUUAUGUCGAUUACAAUGACCCUUCCCCAGAUUAUUAUGAAGGAUAUGAGCCUUCAGAGUAUUCAUUACAACACUAUGGAAAAGAUAGUUCCUCCAUCUCAAACAUUGCACCGUCUUCUACUGCUCCUUUAUUAAGGCAAAGUCCUAUACCACCUGACAAUUAUAGUGAAGUUUCAAUCAAUGCACCUUCUUAUCAUUCGUCAAGAAUACAAUAUGGUCAAGAAGAAUCUUAUCAACCACGUUGA